UUUGUAUUGAUUCUCCAUUGCCUGUUGGUCUACGUCAAAAUCCCCGCUCGCAAAACAAGGGCCCCCCCCCCAACUCGCGCUUUCUGUUUUUCCAUUCUGAUUGUUGUCACGCUCCUGGCACAGUCGCCAUCGCUUCUCAGCACCAAGGCCAAAGCCAGGCUUGAAUCCAUUCCAACAGCCAAGCGUGAUCUCCGGCUCUCUCUCUCGCUCCCUCUCUCCCUCUCUCCCAGCUUUCUCGUCCAAGCUCCACACAGGUUCGUUUGCAAUCCCACGCACAAAUGUCGUUCGGCGGUGGCGGCGGUCCUGGUGGCGCUGACGGCGGCAGCAAUCCGGCAUCGGCGUCUGGUUUCGCUCCUGCUGCUCCGACGAGCUCGGGGUCGUACGCUCCCUUCACUGCGAUCAUGUCGCUGCUGUCUGGCGCUGUGAUUCAGACCGCCAGCAGCAGCUCGGCGUCGCCUGCGCCCCCUGCUACGUCGUCGCCACACCCGAGCGCGUUUGCACAACCCGGCGCUGCUGCUGCUGCAUCAUCGUCGUCCUCUCUGGCGUCGCGUCACCAGUCGCACUCGAGCUCGCCGACGCCAGGAUACUCCCAGCAAGCACUCCCAGCAACAUCGAUGAAUACGUCUGCGGCGCAGUCGGCGUCAUCGUCCAGCUUCACCGACGACUUUAUCGUUCUGUCCGAGUUUUCCGAGCUCGAAGGCCCGAUGCCCUUGCUGGUCAUUCCGCCCCAGAACGCCGAUCGCUUCAAUCUCAACAGCUUUGUCGUGCGCAUCAUGUCUGUUGAUUACCAGCAGUCAUCCAGUGAGGGAUUUGCAAUGCCUGUUGAUGCACAAGUGUACAUGACAGAAGCUAGCGACAAAGCGCAUGCUUAUGUCCACCAUUUCACCUUGCAUGACUUGCACGCGCGUGGGUUUGUGCGGCCGUAUUGCAUGAGCUACGUGACCAGAAGUCCUGACAAAAUCAUGGCGUACUUUGAAGACUUUUUAGCAGACUUUUCCAAGGUCUCCGAGUACCUCAAGUACGGAAACCAUCUUGGCUUUUACCGAGAUCUCGAGACCCGGCGCAACGAUCUGGUCUACACCAAGCAGAUUUUGCUUGAACGGCGCCCAGAGUCCGACUACCAGUCAAUCGACCUCGAAAGCUCGGUCGUUCUGCGAGAAAAGUCACACUUGGAACGCCCGACCGCAGUCACGGCCGAUUCCGUCGAUUCGUACAUUCGUGAAACGGAGCUCAUGAUGAAUGCUGUUAGUCCUCGAGUGGCUCAUCCUGAGAUGAGUGCUUGGCAUGCGCAAUUGCGAGCACGUCAGACCAAGAACACCAUCACUUCCAGACGCUCUUCGGUCCUCAACCCGGAUAAUCCAAGCUCGCCUGAUCAUACUCUUGAUUUUGACAGUUCUGUGCGCCCUGCUCCUCGAUUCCUGGAAACCGUCACGCAACCACGUCGCUUUGAUGUUCGGUUGCGUCAGCUGCAGGAACUUUGUGGAAUUACGCAUGAUCCUGCCAUGGCGGCACUCAAGCGAAUUUUCGACCACUUUCGGCGCCCCACCUUUGUGCUCAAAGUGGAAAAGGAGGAAAUGCAGGUCAUGGCGCCUGCCAGCUCCUUGCUCACGCUCGGCCACAGCCUGGUGCUCAACUUUUUCGUGGAUCGUGUGGAGGCCCAUCGCAUGUCAACCACCUCGCUCGUCAACUUGAUCCAUCAGUACAGCCGUUUGCGCCUGGAUAUUCAACUCGAAAUUGACGGGUUUAGCAUUCCGCCACCCUACCUUAGAGAUCGAUUGGCCGAGGUCGAGCGGGCCCUGUUGGACCUGGAAGUCCAGCGACGGGAUCGGCAAAAAAUGUACGAUGACCUUGUCGGCGGGGUCAGCUCGUUUGUCGCGUCCCAGCAGCAGCACCAGCCGCCGAUGCACGCGCUACCUCAACGUAUUCCAGGAUCGCCGUCAUCGACGUCCCUGGCAUCCCUCGCAACCCCAACCUCGCCGAUUGCGCCGGUUUCCUCUGAAGCCUACUACUCUGGUCUCGGAGGCAGCGCGUCCGGCGCGACAAGCACUCCCGCCUCUGCUGCGCCGAUCGUGCAUGGAAUGACGCGCAACUCGAGCUCGACCAACAUGUCCGCGUACCGCUCGUCGUCGCGGUCGGGCGCCACCAGUGCUGGGUUUGACGCCGAGUCGAUGAGUGACAACGAGUCGGAAUUCUUUGAUGCCGUUGAGGAUCUCGAUAUGAACAAGUGUGUCGUGCGAGCUGGCGGCGACCAGGGCAUGGUGAUUGAACAGAUUCCGAGCCCGAUGAUCUUGCAUUCAGCAGACCCCAUGUCUGGUCUCUCAGAGCCCGUGGAACGCUCCCGCCGCGGCACAACCAGUGGCGCUCCGCCAUCGCAGCCGCGGUCCAUCUCCGAGCACGGCGAAGAGUUGGACACUGACAGCCCCUUUGCCAGCCCGUCAAACACACAACCGAGCGCAGUUCACCUGCGCGACUCUUUGGUUACUCUGAACAACGAAGAGCACCCGUCGCCCACUGUCCUGGCUGAUUCGUUCACUCACGACUCUGCCACGCUGUCGCCAGAGACCGAUCUGCAUGAUCCGGCACUCUCAAAGCAACAGCAGCACCAGCACCACCAGCAGCCGCAUGAUGACGCCAUGUCCACUACAAGUCAGCGACACGAUCAAGACAUGGCCGUCUAUCCACACCCGCGCACCCGCAGCGAUGUCAGCUUCUCGGGCAGCUUUGCCACGAUCAACUCGGCUGGUCCCGAGCCCUUCCCGGCGGUUUCGUCUUCGCCAUCGCCAAGCAGCGGCACUGGCGAGAGUCGCCGAACGGAUUCUAUGAUAUCGUCGCAUGGAGCAUGGCGCAGUCCCGGAGACGCCUUGUACCACCUUACCGGUGCGUACAAGACGACAGCGUCCGACUCUGGUUCGGUGCAUCUCGAUGGCGUCAGCGUCACGCAUGCGAAUUAUCCUGGCCACGCAGUCCUGGUUCAUUCCGACAAUACAAGUGCUGGAGGCGAUUCCACCAACCUGAGCAGCGGUCAUGGCGGAGGCAGCCAUCGAUCUGACGCAACCCCAGCGCAUCCCGCUCAUUCAGCCUUGUCGCCUCCUACCAAACGAUCAUCUAGAGCAAUCGUCACAAGCUCUUUGCUUUCUUUCGCCGAUCAUGUCUACUCGAGGUCAAAGACCAAGCCAGGAUCUGGGUUGCUCGAGUUCCGUGCUCGCUACUCUUUUGCCAAGCACCUCGUGUUUGCCCUCCUCAAGGGGCGUCCGGUGGUGGUGAUUGGCAAGAAUGAGAACGAAGGAUCCGUCCGAAAUAUUGUCACUGCGCUCUCCUUGUUUGUUGCCGGUCCCUCCAACAAGCAAGUUAUUCCAUGGAUUUUGCGCCCACUCGCCCUCAGCGAUCUCGCCCGUUGCAAGCUGGUCGGAAUGAGCAAGCAGUAUAGCUUGCCCAAAGCUGUAGAAAGAUACGUGUCCGUUUUCGAUUUCGAGAAUGAAACAGCUCGAACACCCACGUAUCAGGGCACGUUUAUCGACAUCAUGCUCAGCAAGAACAGACUGUUUAAAGACGAAGAUGCCUUCUUGGCCAGCGUGCAUUGCUCGCUGCUCGAAAUGGCCUCGAAGGCGUUCUUUUUCUAUCACCUGUACUGCCUCUCGGCGGGCGAUCGCUCCGCCCAGACAGGCGCUGGCAGCGCGAAACUUCCCCAAUUGGGUGGAACUUCGCGCGCAUCGCUCAGCAGCAGCAGUAGUAGUUCCACAGGCAGUGUGCGUCGCGGGUCUGUUGGACAAGCAAACCGGGCCGGUGGAAAUUUGCAUGCCAUUCCAGGCCAUGUCACGAGCACCUCCGCGUAUGCUUCGCAGCCUGCGACGCCCACCGUAUCCUCGACUCAAUAUGCUGGGCCGGCAGCUUGGCAAGGAUCCAACCCGGCGAUGCGGUCACAGAGCUCGGCCCCCAACCUCCCCGCUCUACAGCAGCAGCAACAACAACAACAGCUAGCUCAUUCUUCGCGUUACUACCCACCUCCUUCCGCGUCAGCAGCGUACGGAGGCGUGAGUGGGGCCGUCACGCCCUUCUCUCCUUCGCCGCGCAGCCCCGUCCCGGCUUCGCCCAACGCCUUCUCGAUGGCUUCCUUCUCCAAUGUCAGCGUUUUCAACUCCAUGUCCCUCCCGUCGUCCACCGCACCCAGCGCGACGAGCUCGCUCACGGGAAACUGGGCCAAUAGCAACUCGGUCCGGUCGCGUCGCGUUUCUGUCGAUGUCAUGAACGAGUUGGAUGUUCCAGCUGGAGAUGCCGAAAUUAUUGAAUUUUUCGCGGAAUUCAUCAAGCUUCAACAAGCAAGCGAGUUUCACAAGCGUGCUGCGGCGCCGGGAUCUUUUGUCGACACGCCUGCUCCAGUGUUGCGUCUAGAUUAUAGCAAGUGCGUGGUCAUCAAGAAUGUCUUUGCCCGACGCAGCAUCAAGGAUGGCAAUCCCUAAGGCAUUCGCACCUUGUGUUGCCCUUCAUUUUUUUUUCUUUGCUCGAGUCUUUGUUUCGAGCGAAUACAGAUAUUGCUUU